AUGCUGCUGGAAACGAGUGAGGAAAUAACAGACGAUGAUGAUUCGAUAACACUGCUUGAAACAAGAGCCGUGGUUGAGGCCACAGUCGUGCUGCUUACAAUGCUCUCGGUCAUGAUGCUGCUUGACGAAAUUCCUGAUGACAGGCUUUCUGAAACAGAGGCCGAUAUCGAGCUGACCAGGCUGCUUUCCACAACCGAGGUUGAAACAACGCUCGAUGAUGGAAGUACAGUGACGGAUGGUACAGACGAUGAUGAGACGGCGGAGCUGAAUACAGAAGAUGUCUCGCUUACGAGGCUGGUAGAUGGUAGGAUGGACGAAAUCACACUGCUAGAUACAACAGACGAUGACAGAACCACAGAUGAUGUCUCUGAUAGAACUGGCACGGUGCUGGAGAUCAGAGACGUGGAGAGUGUCUCUGAUGAAACAGAUGAUACGCUUGAAACCAUUGUAGAUGACAGCAUAACUGAUGAAGCCAAGGUGCUGCUUUCCAGAGAAACUGUCGAGGAGACAGAGACCAAUGAAGAAACAGAGGAUUGA